UUUUGAAGUUUAACAAAUAAACAGGCUCUUCUCAUUUAUUGGUGUUGAUCAAAUAAUUUUGUUUGGACAAUAGCUAAUAAAAUCUAUUGAAAUGCGUUUGGCAGUAGUACGUUUAUCAAAAUUAUCAACAAAUCUAAAAGAGCUUCGUAUUCAUUUAUGUCAAACCGGUGAAGCAUCAAAAGGAGCUAGGGAAUAUGUGGAGAAACACUACCCCAAUUUAAAGAAGAGUAAUCCAACACUACCUAUUUUGAUACGUGAAUGUGAAGGUAUACAGCCUCGUUUGUGGGCACGAUAUGGAAAGGGUAAAGAAACCUCGGUAUCGCUAACCAACCAAUCUGCACAAGAUAUACAGAAGCAAGUAGAGGCUGUCGGAAAAUAAUUUCAACAUGGAAAUGAAUUAAACGCAAAUGUGUUUCAAUAGCUUAUUUUGUUUAAGUAAUAAAAUAUAUUUUUAAUAUAUUAUCAAUAUCGCUUUCAAUAAUACCAAAUGUAAUUACAAAAGGAACAGUGUGUGUUUAAGAAGAAAUAAAUAUAUGUAAUUUAAUUUAAA